AUGGACGAGGAGAACCAACAAGAAGAACAAGACCAACCCUCCGACCCCUCCGACUCCCCCACCCCCCUCCUCCACGCAGUCCAACAAUCCAACCUCCCGCUCACCUACUUCUACGACCGCACCCCUCUCCAAACCGCCAGCGCCACCGGCGCCCUCCCCAUCGUACGCGCCCUCCUCGCCGCGGGCGCCGACGCCAACGUCCCCGGCGGCAACAACGGCGGGCCGCGGGGGGUCAUGCCUUUGUGGUCGGACGGCGCUGCAGGCGGCGUGUGA